UCCACAACUUUUCGUCUUUUCCCCUCCUAAUUGUUCAAGAAGCAGAAAAUCGAAGCUUGCGCCCAGACGCGGCGCCUCAUCGCAAUUCAUAACUUCUUCAACUGCCAAUCUUUCCUCCUGUAUUUCCAUGGCUUCCUUUCCUGGUUAUCUUCUUCUCUUCUUCUUCGUCCUUAACCUUUCUUAUGCUUGUGCCUCCUCUUACCUUCCAUUUUCUUUUGUUCUUCCUGUCACGAAAGACCCUUCUACUCUCCAGUACUUGACUUCUCUUUCUUAUGGCACUCCUCUUGUGCCUGCCCAGCUUGUGCUUGAUCUGGGUGGUUCUUCUCUCUGGAUCGAUUGUUCAUCCAGAAACCUGCCUUCCUCUUCUCUCCGUACCAUUCCAAGCCGUUCAAUUCAAUGCCUGAUGGCGAAAAGUCAUAACCUUGAGGCUCAGACGCAGCUUCCCGAUCAGCGCCAGCCGUGUCAAAGUUUCCCGGAAAAUACCAUCACAGGGAUGAUACCCAGAGAAGGAAACCUUGUACGAGACGUCGUGGCUCUCCAAUCAGUCGAAACUGGUCAGCCCCUUAUCUUCACUUGUUCACUCACUCAGCAAUUGAACGGCUUGGCGAUUGGAGCUAAAGGUAUGGCAGGGCUUGGUGGGGCUCGUAGUUCACUAUCAUCUCAGAUUUUUGAUUCAGUCACCGCCCAGAGAAAAAUCACUCUUUGCUUCUCUUCUUCAUCUGGGGCUGUGUUAUUCGGCAGAAACUCGUAUGAAUCUCAGCCCGAAGGUGAAAUUUUCAGAUCUCUCACAUACACACCCCUAUUUACCAACCAAAAGGGAUACUUUAUCAUCGUGAACUCCAUCAAAAUCGAUCGUAGGAGAUUGUCUUUGUCACUGCCCAAGGACCAACACACCAGAGGAACGACUCAACUGAGCUCGAUUGUGCCUUACACUACCAUGGAGAGCUCAAUCUAUGACACUUUCAAGAAAGCCUAUAUGAAAGCUGCUUCUGCUAUGAACAUGACCAGAGUGACUUCAGUGGCACCAUUUGAGCUCUGUUUUAGCUCCAAGGGGAUUGAUAAUGUGCCAAUGAUUGAUCUUGUGCUGCAGAGUGAGCUAGUAAAGUGGAGGAUAUAUGGUAGGAAUUCGAUGGUGCGGUUGAGCAGUGAAGUGAUGUGUUUGGGGUUUGUCGAUGGAGGAUUGAACCCAGAAUAUCCCAUCGUGAUAGGAGGAUACCAAUUGGAAGAUGUCAUUGUGCAGUUUGAUUUGGAUACUUCCAUGGUGGGAUUUAGCUCUUCUCUGUUGUUGAAGCAUUCUAGUUGUUCUCACUUCAAAUCUGGUUUCACGUCUGCAGAGUCAAUUUGAGUGUCACUUACACUUUAGUUUAGUUCUUCUUUGUAGAUGAUGAAGCUUUCUGCUAAAUUUUGUUACCCUAUGUAUAUGAGGUCGAUAACUGCUUAUUUGCAUGGCGAGUAUGUGUAAAGAACAACAGUUAUGAGGUUCUUCAAAGGGUUAAAUCCCUUCUUUUUGUUUUCCUUAUAUUGACCAGAGAAUUAAUAUAUAUGAUGUCAAAAACUGAGACUACAUGAUGCAGUUGCAAAAUCAGUUAACAGAUUCGGAUUUCUGUUUGUUUGAUCA